AUGUGCGCAUCCGGAGCAGCCGUCAGAAAAAUCAUGUUAGCCGCCCACGACCUGGGGAUGACGAAGAUAAAUAAGAAAACUGGUCGUGCUGAAUAUGCCUUUUUUAACAUACAACUAUUCGACAGUGCCUACUUCGGAGAUAUUGGUUGGAAAAAUGGAACAGAAGGUGACGCAAGAGACGAGGACGCGAAGGAAGCUUAUCGUUCGCUGAUGACUUUGACUUUGAGAAAGCCCGAUACGAAAGAAUACCAAGAUUUCGCUAGAGAAGUGAAACAGCGAGCACUGGAGGAUUACGGAUUUGACUAUGACAAGGAGGGGGAAGAUGUGAACAGUUUUGUAGGUGCUUUUCACGACGCCGUUAUUUUAUACGCAUUAGCGCUCAACGAGACUUUGGAGGAAGGCGGCACGCCGCGCGACGGUCACACAAUCACGCACAAGAUGUGGAACAGAACAUUUGAAGGCAUCAGUGGCGAUGUGAGAAUAGAUGACAACGGAGACAGAGACGCGGAUUAUUCCCUUUUGGAGAUGACGGACAUAGAAAAUGGAACAUUCUCA